AUGAACUCCUACCCCUUAGAAGUCAAGGAGCCUAUCCCACAGAGUACGAGGAAUGACUUAUUUUCUGAUGAUCACAGUUCUAGGUUUUGUUCCUUUUGCUAUGGAUUAUCUUUUCUCAUCCACUCCUGUAACUUUAUAGUAAUGACACAACACUCAUGUCUGAGCCUCACUAUGGUGGCAAUGGUGAACACCACAUAUCCACAUCGGUUGCACAACACCUCAGUAAAUGAGCUGCCAGCUAACGUCAGGAAUCCCAUGUAUAAUUGGAGCCCAGAAAUUGAGGAGAUCCUUGCUUUAAAGAUGACAAAACUAUCUAGGAUGGAUGGUGUCCUUUGUGUCUUUUCAUUAGAGUUUCUGCUGGGACCCUUCAUUGUCCUGCUGUUGACUGGAUUCAUCUGUCAGUUCCUGGGCUGGCCCAUUGUCUUCUAUAUUUUUGGUGCUUGUGGCUGUGCCUUAUGUCUUCUCUGGCUAAUUCUGGUUUAUGAUGACCCAAAGGACCAUCCAUCUAAGAUCAGGGAGAAGGAGUUCAUCAUCUCUUCCCUUGCCCAGCAAAAUGGACUGCUGUCUGCCCUCCCCUAUUUGUUUGCGUAGAUCUGUGAUAUUCUAGCAGUUCAGAUGGCAGACUUCAUUUUGCCCAGGAAUAUUCUCAAAGCAGUUACCAUCCGAAAACUCUUUACCACGGUAGGACUUCUCUUCCCUUCCUCCUUCAGUAUGUGCCUGCUUUACCUGAGUUCCAGCUUCCACUGCACUAUCAUUUUCCUGAUACUUGCUAGUGCAACAAGAAGGUUCAGUGUGCCAGGAAUGAUUAUAAAUGCCUUGGAUAUUGCUCCCAGGAAGGGUUUUAAAAAAUAUUAUGGAUUUCUUCAAAGAAUUACAAAUCUAACUGGAAUAACAGGAGGACUAAUUGCUUCCACUCUGACUGGAAUAAUCAAAUAUCCCUGGUUUAAAGUCUUCUCUCUCAUGACAGCCAUUAGUGUGAUAAGCCUCAUUUUCUACCUUAUAUUUGGUGAAGCAGAAAUCCAGGAGUGGGCUCUAGAAAGACAACAUACACGCCUCUAA